UGAACGCGUCAGUGUAGGCUAAUGGAACUACAACUCCCUUGUCCACCAAAUGAGUCGUAAAGCAGUUUGUUGUGGUGCUGAAUUGUCGUUUGAACGUCAGGAACGAGCGGGAGCUUGAAUUAGACAGCAUUCAUUGACAUCUGCAGUGCCCGGGUACCUUAAUGGCGACAGACAUUGUUUCCCAGUUGGCCGACUCCCUGGCCAAAGCUAAAGUUGAAGAAGGGGAGCUGAGUUACAAAGGCCAGGGAAGAAAGCUGGAUGAUUCGAAAUCAGUUGAAGAGAUUGUGAAGGAGAUCGAGAACUUUGAAGGUCUCCAAGCUCUACGAUUGGAAGGAAACACUGUGGGUGUUGAGGCAGCAAAAGCCAUCGCCAAGGCCCUUGAGACAAAGAGCCUGUUCAAGUGCUGUUACUGGAGUGACAUGUUUACUGGCCGUCUCCGCUCUGAGAUCCCACCUGCUCUGAAUUCGCUGGGUGACGCUCUAAUGCUAGCAGGUGCCAAGCUGACCGUUUUAGAUCUAAGUGACAACGCCUUCGGCCCAGACGGGGUGAAGGGGAUUGAGCGGUUGCUCAAAAGCUCUUCCUGCUACACUCUUCAGGAACUACGACUCAACAACUGCGGCAUGGGUAUUGGAGGGGGAAAGAUAUUAGCUGCUUCGCUGAUUGAGUGCCAUAAAAAGUCCAGUGCAGAAGGUCCGCCGCUCAGCCUGAAAGUGUUCAUCGCCGGGAGGAAUCGUCUGGAGAAUGACGGCGCCACUGCCCUCGCUCAAGCGUUCCAGUUAAUGGGCAGCCUGGAGGAGAUCCACAUGCCCCAAAAUGGCAUCAAUCACCCCGGUGUAAAAGCCCUGGCGACGGCUGUUCAGCACAAUCCAAACCUGCGCACCCUCAAUCUCAAUGACAACACCUUCACUGAGAAAGGCGCCAUUGCCAUGGCUCAGGCCUUGAAACAUUUAAGAAGCAUCCAGGUGAUCAAUUUUGGAGACUGUUUGGUGCGCCCAGUUGGAGCCGCAGCAAUCGCUGGAACGGUUUCAGAAGGACUCCCCAUCUUGAAGGAACUUAAUCUGUCAUUCGGAGAGAUAACCGAAGAUGCUGCACUGGCUGUGGCCCAUGCUGUCAAGAACAAGAAUCAGAUGGAAAAACUGGAUUUAAAUGGAAACUGUCUGGGAGAGGAAGGCUGCAAAGUUCUGAGAGAUUUCAUGGAAGACAGCAACAUGGCCGAGCUUCUGGCGUCGCUCAGUGAUGACGAGGGUGAACCCGGAGACGAUGAUGACGAGGAUGAUGAUGAUGGCGAUGACGACGACGAGGAUGACGAGGAGGUGGAUGAAGAGGAGGAAGAAGAGGAUGAGGAAGAUGAGGAGGAAGAGGAGGAAGAAGAGGAUCAAGAUUCAAACGUUGGCAGCAAGUUUUCCACACCCCCAUCAGCACAACGACCGCCCAAUGUCUCGUCCUUUCUCAGUUUUCCGUCGCCGGAUAAACUGCUCAGACUGGGGUCCAAAAGAGCAGCACUGAUUGAACAGCAGGUGGAUGUGUCCGACGCAAGAAAAACAGCCGAAGCCUUUCUCAAAAUUGCAUCUGUGUACAAGGAGGACAAUAGUGAAGUCAAGAGUGCAGUCUUGGAAAGUGUUGAUGCCCUUUUGAGGAAAGCCUUUUCUUCUAUCCAAGGCUACAACUUUGUAUCCUCUUUGCUAGUGUUGCUGGGGCUUAUUAAGAGUGAAGACAAGGUGAAGCCUGUGCUGGUGGUCGGCGGUCACCUGCAGGCCUUGGAGCACGCUGUUCGUCAGGAUUACUUCCCCAAAGAGAGUGUGGCUGUGCUGGAGGCCUUCAUGUCCCGGUAAGGGCGUGACAGAAUGAGCCAAUCAGCAGGCAGCUUCCAGAAACAACAAGGCUUUGGAGUCCUGCGGCUCUUCUCGAUACAAGCUUCAGUCCACCUUGCAGACGACACGCACAGAGAGCUGAGGAACCUGGGUGAACACAAAUAACGCACAAACAACACAUUUGCUCACAUUUUAAUCAAAGGGGCAUCAUUCUCAUUUAAAUAAUUCUCAUUCUCAUUUUUGGGGAAGAUCUGUUUGCUUGAGCAUGCAGUGUUUUGUUACAUGACAUCUUUGUAACCGCUGGUGUGUUUAAAAAUACAAAUUGGGACUGCCAGGCAGGUGACACUCGUCCACUGGCUACACAACACAUUAUAUUGUACUAUGUAUGUAAAUGCAAAUAGUAGUUUUUGGUUUUGUAUGUAUUUGCUUUUUUUUUUUUUCUAUUUUGCAGCUGUAAUGUGCUGUGAAUGACGUAUUAAAUGUAUUGUAAAGUCAAGGUAAACUACGAAAGGGAUGUCUUUUUUUGACUAGAGUCACAAGCUGUUAUGGCUUUGCGUUGUUAAAAUAAAUUGUGUUGAUUUUAA